AUGUCAGGGUGCUUGCCAUUGGCCAUGAACUUAGCUCCCGAAGACGACCGAGACAGUAUAGGAUGUGUGAAGAGCGCAAACAACCAAACCUAUGGCCAUAACCUUGUCCUCCAAGCCAAGUUGCAACAACUCGGGACACAGUUUCGACAUGCUGUCAUCACCUAUGCUGAUUACUGGAAUGCCUAUUUCACAGUCAUGAAGAAUCCAAACCAGUAUGGUUUCAAGGAGAGCUUCAAGGCCUGCUGUGGGACAGGUGACCCCUACAACUUCGAGGUGUUUGCCGUGUGUGGCACACCGUCUGCUAGUGCCUGUCCAAGCCCUUCCCAGUACUUAAACUGGGAUGGAGUUCAUCUCACUGAAGCCAUGUACAAGGUGCUUACUGUUAUGUUCCUCAAUGGCAAGGCCACUCACCCUAGCUUCAGUUACUUGUUGGACAUGAAACUGCGUCGCGGAUGA